AUGACCAAUAUCCACGAUGUAGAGGUGAUGACAUGGGAGGAGUUCAGGACAUUAUUCUUUGACCGCUUCUUUUCGAGGGCUAUAAGGCAGGACAUGAGAAUACAGUUUACAGGUCUCUAUGAGGGAAGGAUGAGUGUCCUUGAGUAUGAGACACAUUUCACUUCUUUUCCCCGUUAUGCACCGGAUAUACUAGCUACCGAUGAGCUCAGGGCAAGAAAGUUUCAGGAUGGAUUACAUCUUGAUUUUAGGCCACGGAUUUCAGUAUUGGAUUUGAGGACCUACGGAGAGGUGGUCCAGAAAGCUAUGUUGGUUGAGGCAGAGGAUCAAGAUCAGCUCAGCAUUAAGGGCUCAUAUAAUCAGUCUCGUGGAGAGGCUUCAUCGGUAUCUGUUGGGGUUCAAUGGAAGAAGGCUAAGGCCGGGGACAGUUCUCGUGUUCAAGGACAGUCACAUCGUUCACAAACAGGAGCUUCGACGCAGGGCUCCAGGGAGCUUGUAAUUACUGUAAGCAGCUCGAACAUUUCAAGAGGGAGUGUCCACGCCUACAGAAUAGAGCACAGGGUGGCACUGGUUCAGAGGCCACACCAGCAUAGUCUGCAGUUGUUCAGCCAGGUUUCAGGGUGCCUCAGGCACCACAGCCAGUCACACCAUCAGUUGGUUCUUAUCAGGGUAGGGGUUCUAUGCCUACUGCUUUCGGACAUCAGUUGGGCCACCAGGGCAGUUCUCAGUAGUCAAGGGCUCAGGGACAAGCUUACACAUUGCCACAGGCCGAUACCUCCACAGGAACUUCUACAGUUCGAGCGGGAUGGUUUCCUUUGUGUUGACACACUAGUUGGGGGUCCAGUGUUUUUGGACCAUAUUUGUCAGGGUUACGCUAUCCAGAUAGCUGGACGGACAUUAGAUUUUGAUUUUGUUAUUUUUGACAUGAUGGGCUUUGACAUUAUUCCCAGGAUGGAUUGGUUAUCCUUCUUUCGUGCUACGAUCGAUCGCUUCCGUGGGAGGUUGUCUGUUUAUACUCCCAAGGGAGAUUAUUUUCACUUUGUGGGAGAUCAGAGCAAUUCCCACUCGAUGAUGAUUUUUAGCAAUGGUGACUGGAGUCGCCACAUGUCCUACUUGGCUAGCCUGUUAGCUAACGAGGAUAGUAGUUUGGGCCGCAUUUACCCAACAGUUGUUGUGGAGUUUCUGGAUGUUUUUCCGGAGGAGUUAACGGAGCUUCCUCUUCUUCGAGAGGUCGUCUUUGCCAUUGAUGUUAUUCUUGGUACUGCACUGAUCUCUAUGGCACCGUACCGUAUGGCACCGGCAAAGCUUGAUGAACAUAAAGCUCAAUUAGAUGAUUUGAAAGCUAAGGGUUACUAUCAGUUGAGGGUUAAAGAUGAUGAUAUAUUCAAGACUGCUUUUCGCACACGCAUCGGUGGAAGAGCAUGA